AUGCUGCUUGUACUUGUCAUUCUGUGGCCGGCAGUUUUCACAUCUAGUUUUGUUCGUGUCUCCGCACUGCAGCGCUGGAUCUGUCCUGCAGCCUCUCCCCUGGGAAUGGGGGACUCUCCCUCUGUGGGUCCUGCACCCUUCUUAAUUUUCUGCCAUGGAAAUAGUAUCUUCAGGAUUGAUCUGGAAGGAACUAAUCAUGAGCAGUUGGCGGCAGAUGCUGGCAUGUCAGUGAUUAUGGAUUUUCAUUACAACGAGGGAAGAAUCUAUUGGGUAGAUCUAGAAAGACAACUCUUGCAAAGAGUUUUUCUGAAUGGGACAAGGCAGGAGAGAGUAUGCAAUAUAGAGAAAAAUGUUUCAGGAAUGGCAAUAAAUUGGAUAAAUGAAGAACUUAUUUGGUCAAAUCAAGAGGAAGGAAUCAUUACAGUAACAGAUAUGAAAGGAAACAAUUCCCGUGUUCUCUUAGGCACCUUAAAAUAUCCUGCAAAUGUAGCUGUUGAUCCAGUAGAAAGGUUUCUAUUCUGGUCUUCAGAGGUAGCCGGCAGCCUCCACAGAGCAGAUCUCAAUGGUGUGGAAGAGAAGAUUCUGCUAGAGACAUCAGAGAAAAUAACAGCCGUGUCAUUGGAUGUGCUUGAGAAACGGCUCUUUUGGAUUCAGUCCGAUAGAGAAGGAGGCAACUCUCGCAUUUGUUCCUGUGAUUAUGAUGGAAGUUCUGUCCGUCUCAGCAAACAUCUUACACAGCACAAUUUGUUUGCAGUGUCCCUUUUUGGUGACCGUAUCUUCUACUCAACGUGGAGAAAGAAGACAAUUGGGAUAGCUGACAAACACACUGGGAAGGAUGUGGUUAGAAUUUACCUUGGUCUGUCCUCUGUACCACCUGCUGGAAUUAAAGUUGUGCAUCCACUGGUGCAGCCCAAGGCAGGGGGUGAUGCGCCGGCGUCUGAUCAGAAACUCUGCAAACUGCGGAAAGGUGACUGCAGAGGCAGCGCGUGCGGGCAGGACCCCGAGUCCCGUGUGUGCGCCUGUGCGCAGGGAUACACUUUAAGCCCGGACGGACAGUCCUGUGAAGAUGUCAAUGAAUGUGCCUUUUGGAAUCAUGGCUGUACUCUUGGGUGUGAAAACAUCCCUGGAUCCUAUUAUUGCACAUGCCCUGUAGGAUUUGUCCUGCUUCCUGAUGGGAAACGGUGUCACCAAUUAGUUUCCUGUCCAAGCAAUGCAUCCGCCUGCAGCCAUGACUGUGUUCUGACGUCAGAUGGUCCCCUGUGCUUCUGUCCUGAAGGCUCAGUGCUUGAGACAGAUGGAAAAACAUGUAGCGGCUGUUCGUCACCUGAUAAUGGUGGGUGUAGCCAGCUCUGCGUCCCUCUCAGCCCGGUGUCCUGGGAGUGUAGGUGCUUUCCCGGCUACGACCUGCAGCUGGACCAGAGGAGCUGUGCAGCUUCAGGACCACAACCGUUUUUGCUGUUUGCCAAUUCUCAAGAUAUUCGACACAUGCAUUUUGAUGGAACAGAUUAUGGAGUCCUGCUCAGCCAGCAAAUGGGAACGGUUUUCGCCCUCGAUCAUGACCCUGUGGAAAAUAAGAUAUACUUUGCCCAUACAGCGCUGAAGUGGGUAGAGAGAGCUAACAUGGAUGGUUCCCAGCGGGAAAGGCUUAUUGAGGAAGCCGUGGAUGUGCCAGAAGGUCUUGCUGUAGACUGGAUUCACCGGAAAUUCUACUGGACAGACAGAGGGAAGUCUCUCAUUGAAGGGAGUGAUUUAAAUGGAAAACAUCGUGAAAUCAUUAUUCAGGAGGACGUCUCUCAGCCACGAGGCAUUGCUGUUCACCCAAUGGCCAAGAGAUUAUUCUGGACUGAUAUGGGGAUUAAUCCACGAAUUGAAAGUUCUUCUCUUCAAGGCACUGGCCGUCUGGUUAUAGCUAGCUUUGAUCUGGCCUGGCCCAGUGGAAUAACGAUUGAUUACUUAACUGACAAGUUGUACUGGUGCGAUGCCAAGAAGUCUGUGAUUGAAAUGGCCAAUCUGGAUGGUUCAAAACGCCGAAGACUUGCCCAGAACGAUGUAGGACACCCGUUUGCUGUGGCUGUGUUUGAGGAUCACGUGUGGGUCUCUGAUUGGACUGUGCCAUCAGUAAUAAGGGUGAACAAGAGGACUGGCAAAAACAGGGUACGUCUCCGAGGCAGCAUGCUGAAGCCCUCAUCACUGGUUGUAGUUCAUCCAUUGGCAAAACCAGGAACAGAUCCCUGCUCACAUCAAAAUGGAGGCUGUGAACAUAUCUGCAAAGAGAGGUUUGGAAUCGCUCAGUGUUCGUGUCGUGAAGGUUUUGUGAAAGCCCCAGAUGGGAAAAUGUGUCUGGCUCUGAAUGGCCAUCAGAUACUGGCAGUUAGUGAAGCAGAUCUAAGUAAUCCAACAACGCCAAUGGACAUCUCAUCCAGGAGUAGAGAGUCUGAAGAUAACAUUACAGAAUCUCAUCAUAUGCUGAUGGCUGAAAUCAUGGUGUCAGGUGACGAUGACUGUGGUCCUGUGGGAUGCGAUCCACAUGCUCGGUGUGUUUCAGAGGGAGAGGAUGCCACAUGUCAGUGUUUCAAAGGAUUUGCCGGGGAUGGAAAACUAUGUUCUGAUGUAGAUGAAUGUGAGAUGGGGAUCACGGUUUGCCCUCCCACCUCCUCUCGGUGCAUCAACACUGAAGGUGGCUAUGUUUGCCGGUGCUCAGAAGGCUACCGAGGAGACGGGGUUCACUGUCUUGAUAUUGAUGAGUGCCAACUGGGCGUGCACAUCUGUGGGGAAAAUUCCACCUGUACAAAUACAGAGGGCAACUACACCUGCCUGUGUGCUGGCGGCCUGUCUGGACCUGGACCGAUUUGCCCUGACUCAACUCCUCCCUCUCCUCCCAGGGAAGAUGGCCGCUACUCUGUGAGAAACAGUUACGCGGAAUGCCCCCCGUCCCACGAUGGGUACUGCCUGCACGGGGGCGUGUGUAUGUAUCUUGAGGCGGUCAGCAGCUACGCGUGCAACUGUGUGGUUGGCUACGUCGGGGAGCGCUGUCAGCAUCGAGACUUGAGGUGGUGGGAACUGCGCCACGCCAGCCACAGGCGGCCCCGGGACGUCACCGUGGCAGCCAUCUGCGUGGUACUGCUUGUCCUGCUGCUGCUGCUGGGCCUGUGGGGGGCUCAUUACCACAGGACUCAGAAGCUGCUAUCAAAAAAUCCAAAGAACCCCUAUGAAGAGUCGAGCAGAGAUGAGAACGGCAGCAGGCCUGUAGACAGCGAGGCUGGGACGUCCUCUUGCCCCCAACCUUGGUUUGUGGUUAUAAAGGAACAACACCAAAACCUCAGGAAUGGGAGUCAACCUAUGGACCCCAACGACAGCCAGACAGCAGAUGUUGGCCGGUUUUCCUCCCUGGAGCCCGGGUCGUUGCAACCGACAUCGUGGAGGAAGGAGCCCCAGAGGUCUAUGGGCACACCACAAGGUUGCUGCGUUCCACCGUCCAGCGGUAAGGGCCCCAGUCCCCAGGGACUGGAGUGCAGCUUGCAUCUCCCCUGCUGUGGGGCACAGCCCAUGGCGGUGGGGGUUGAGAAGCCUUAUUCUCCCCUGUCAGCUAACCCAUUAUAG